GAAGUGAUGAUUUUGACCAGAUGGGAAUUUAGACCAAUUACCUUAGUAACUAACAGCACACAAAAAAAAAAAAAAAAACUUUCAAGUAGUGAGAGACAACAUGGACGAGCUCGAUUUGCUGUUGGAGGAGUUGGCCCUGAAUUCAGCGCGUUCAGAAAGUGUCAAAGAGAACAAGAGCAAUGAUCCAGCCGCUGGAGAGGUGUCAGGUGCUGUUCAUGGGGGAUUUACCAAAAAAGGAAAAGCCCCAGUCUGCUUCAAUGUGUACAGUGAUCUUCCGGCUCCUGUGGCAGCUUCCCUGACUCCUGACUCUCCCACUAAAGAGCUGGACGAUAUCUUGCAGGAUAUGCUGGGUCUGGGACAAGGGGACCCAGUGUCUUCACCAACCCCACCGCCUCUUACACAAAAACUGUCUGUGAAAAGGAAAACAGAAGGCGGGCGACCGGAUACCAAGGAGAGCAGCAGCGACACAGCAGCUUCAGACGCAAACGCCUCGACCACGAGCAAGAAGGCGGAUAUGAUAGAUGACCUGCUAGGAGGGCUGAGCUCUGACUUGGAGAAGAUUGGCGUACGCACCACGGUUAAGGGCCAUUGUGCUUCUUGCAACAAAUGCAUUGUGGGAAAGAUGAUCACGGCGCUGGGUGAGGUGUGGCACCCUGAGCACUUUGUGUGUGUGGAGUGUAAGAGUGAGCUGAGCACCACAGGCUUCUUUGAGAGAGAGGGCCGGCCGUACUGUGACAAAGACUACCAUCAGCUCUUCUCUCCCCGUUGUGCCUACUGCAAGGGCUCCAUUGUGAAGAACAUCCUGACAGCCCUGGACCAGUCCUGGCACCCAGACCACUUCUUCUGUACACACUGCGGAGACCUGUUUGGAUCUGACGGUUUCCUAGAAAAAGAUGGGAAGCCCUACUGUUGCAAGGACUUCUACCAGCUCUUUGCUCCCCAGUGCUCCGGCUGUGGGGAGUCCGUGAGGGAGAACUACCUGACUGCAGCCAACGGCACCUGGCAUCCAGAGUGCUUCGUCUGCGCAGACUGUCUGAAGCCCUUCACUGAUGGCUGUUUCAUGGAGUUGGAUGGUCGCCCCCUCUGCUCACAGCACUUCCACUCUCGGCAGGGCACUCUGUGCGGCGGCUGCUGUGAGCCCAUCACGGGCCGCUGCAUCUCCGCUCUUGAUCGCAAGUUUCACCCCGAGCACUUUGUGUGCGCCUUCUGUCUGCGGCAGCUCAACCAAGGCAUCUUCAAGGAGGAGAAAGGGAAGCCAUACUGCUCGCCUUGCUUUGACAAACUCUUUGUGUGAGACACACGCAGUACACAACGUAGAAACAAUGCAAACAGAAACCAAUCAAAUCCAGCGUCACCUCCCAUCGUAUGAGUGAUCUAUUGAAUGAGGAAACUGUUCUAUUCUUACAUUACAAGAGUGUAUUUGCAUUAGUAAAUUAAAGUUUCUUUUUUUCCCAGCGCUUCUUGGCCCACCGAGAUACUUGACAUUUUCAUGAAUUGCACUCGAAAGUGUGCAACAUGAAAUGUGACAUUAAUUAUUAAUAGUUUGAAAGGAAAUAUCAAGGAAGAAAUGCUCACAUUGUAACAUAAUAAACGACGUGGUUGUAAAUCACGUGGAAAAUA